CUGAAUUUAAAAGCAAAGCAAGUGUGUUAAAACGAAUAAACGAGCUGAAAACGGUGUUUUAAAAACCAGACAAAUAAAUGGAUAUAAAGCUGUUUCCCCAUUUCUCGUUUUGAGGAAAAAACGGAAAGCGAGCAGUUUUCUCGUUUUCCCAGCUUUUAAUCUGGUUGGGAAAUCAAACUGUUAGAACGUACAGGCACCGUACAUGGACCCUGCAGCUCGGAAACUUGGGUGAAUUUGACAAAGUCGCCAUUUGAUUUUACCUCCGCUCAAUGCUCAAGCAUUGGGUGGUAUUUUUGUGGUAGCACUUUUAAAACUAUGCUAGCGUUGCUAUUUGCUAGGUCGCUUUAACCAGCACAAACCGUACACUUACUGCGUCCUUUCACUACCUGUUUCUGCACGGCUGUUUUUCUGCAAUGCUAUUCUACUAUCCAACUCAAAUUUAAACGUCGCGGGCUUUGUUUAUCUGUAGGUUUUGCAGAGGUAGGAGCCGAAGAGCCACGAGUUCCUUUCGUCUAGUUCCGUCUAUCUUGAGGCCAUCACUGGUAGUAAACAAAUGGUUUACGCAUGCGUGAUGUGAAAAUGUCCGACACCCUGAAAUUCGAUUAAACUUACAUAAAUUUGUCUGGUGGUACGCGACAAACAGUGGACAGAAACAGAGGUUUCCGGUGCCUGAUCGCUGUCUAUACUGAAGUAGAAAAACUCAAGUGACCUCUGCCGAUUGUGUUAGGUCACGUGAUGUCGUUAUAUAGCAGAGCUGGGCCACAGCUGUUACAGCUCGCGGCGCUCCCCUGCUCGUGCUCACAUAUGUCUCGAACUUCAAUGAUUAGUGCUCCGCCCAGACCCGGUCCAGAGUCGUUUGCGAUGGGAAAUAGUCAGUAGGGCUGGUGUCAGCGAUCUCAUGAUGAUGUCUUCCUGCGCAGGCAAACUGUGGAGUUAUGGAGCGUGUCUUCAACCUGAGCCUCAAGCUGAGGGUGGUACCACGGCUCUGGAAGACCUCCUGCGUGGUACCAGUGCCCAAGAUACAGCACGCAAAAGACCUCAGCAGCUUCAGAUCAGUGGCCAUGACAUCACAACACUAGAAAGACUGGGUCCUGGGUCAGCUCACCUCCGCUCUACAGUGGGAACCUACCAGGACCCGCUGCAGUUCGCCUACCGACACAGCAUAGGAGUAGAGGACGCCGUCAUCUUCCUCCUACAUCGAGCUGUUUCGCACCUGAAGAAGCACGGCAGCACUGUGAGGAUCAUGUUUUUUUGAUUUCUCUAGAGCUUUCAACACCAUCCAGCCAGUGAUUCUGAAACACAAACUGGAGGAGGCCCAACUUUGUCCCUGUCUCAGAAAUAAAUCAUGUUAUUUCUCAUCAUUUAUUUUUACCAUAUUAUGUAUCAAAAUAAUAUAUGUCAAAAAUAUAAUAAUAAAAAUAAUAAAAUAAUAAAUGUCGCUGUAUUCUCUCUAAUCUGUACUUGCAGUUGUAAGGUAAUUUCCCCACUGUGGGACUAUUAAAGGCUUUUCUUAUCUUCUUAUCUUAUACUGCGUAUUUCCAGCCCCCGGUGGAAAACGCAUCCACUGUGUCCAAUUGUGUGCGAUUAGGAUACUGUUUUGCUUUUUCAUGUUUGUUUGGGCAGGACUGCAGGUGAUAUAGAAUUCUGGGAGUGGCCUUUUUACCCUUGACGUAGACAGUAAUUGAAAUAUGUCACAAAUUCUGCUUAGAUGGGAUUGGCUAAUGUAGCAAAAUGUAAAAUAAGUAGCAAGUGCACUUAUAACAAACCUGUUCAUAUGAACCAGAGAGUUAUAUAAAUUUACCAGAAAAAUAUGGCCAAAACACACUAAGCCCAUUUACCCUAACCUUCCAUUAUGCCAUGUGGUGAUGCCAUAGUAACCAUAUGUCAUAUGGUAGUGCCAUUUGUAUUAAAAGAUGCCCCUGCGCAUCAGCAACCAAAACCUGAUGUGAGCUCCACCGGUUUCUGAGGGUUGGCUGGAUACUAUUGCUGUGUUUGUAAGAACUUCUCAAACAUAAUGGUUCCUGAAGCACAGUUUUCCUACAUUAACCAGUUUUAAAAAUAAAAUGUGUAUUUUCAACAACAAUGAAGAUGACAGGUAUGGUUACUAAUUAAGUGGUACUAAUUAAGUGGUUUAUUGAAAGCCUGUUUGUUUCUUUUUUCCUAGCUAGCUGCAUUGUCAUUUUAUCAACUGCCAUUGUAAUUUUGCAUUAUCAUAAGUGGCCAAUGAUACUGAAUUGCAAAGUUUACCAGUGUGCAGCUUGUGGAUGAGCCAGUGACUCUCUAGCAGGGACACAAGCAUUCCUCUGUCAGUCAAACAUCUGCUGUGGCAGCAUAGGAGUAGAGGACGCCGUCAUCUUCCUCCUACACUCCUCCACAGAAAACACUUUUGUGAAGCAAUAGUUAGCUAAACAGUUGUUUAAAGUAUUCUACAUGUAUGGGACUAAUAUAGCUAUGUGAGUCAGAGGAACCAAGCCAAGGCUAUAUGUGGGUCAGAGGUCAGUGUUGUUUGGUUCUCAAUUAAAUAUGGUAUGUUUCUCACAAUUAGAAAGAACUGAGCAGUACUAAGUUGUUUAGAGGUUUUAAUAAUGUUCUUUUUUUUAAGAUGACUUUUGGGGUGUCGAGCUGUGUGACACUGCUCUUUGACUUCUGGAAUGUGGAUGGACCUGCAGGAAUGGUGCUGUCCGUGUUAGUGGUGUUGCUGCUGAACAUUUUCCACGAAUUGCUUAAAGUGUGGAGAGUGUGGCUGACAACUCGAUCAAAACUUUCCAAGUCUCGAUCAUUGUACGCCGUCCGUCUGUCCUACCAUAGCGAUUGUGGCUCAGUUCUGAACAGCACUCCCUCUGAAACCUCGCUGACACCUAUGGAAUCAUACUCUUCAACUCCAAACACCAGGAACAGCUGGCUGCUGCAUGGUAUCCAGACAGCCCUCCACGUGCUACAGGUCACUCUGGGCUACCUGCUGAUGUUGUGUGUCAUGUCUUUCAAUACUUGGAUUUUUAUUGGUGUCAUCACAGGCUCUGCUCUUGGUUAUUUCAUCUCAUUCCCUCUGUUGGGUCAGAAAUGAUGGUACUGUAUAGGCAGUUCAGAUAGUGAUAGAUGUCUGUAUUUUUUAUUUUUUAAUCACGAUAUAAAGGAUCACAUAAACCUGACUGAAAACUUUUCUUCUAUUACUAAGUUGACAAGGGAAACCUAACAACUCAGGAGGUGGUAAAGAGAUGUUGACUUUUGCUAAACGUCAUUGUUGCUUCUCCACUUAAACACCUAAAUGAAAUAUACAUCUGACAAAUAAUCCAUUUAUUCUCAAGUGGAGGAAAUUAAUUAACAAAAUGAUUACUUACUCUAAAUUAUUGUGAUUCAAAAAUCUUUCUUUCUUUUUUUUAGUUAAGACCUUUUUUUUAGAGAUUUAAUAUAAUGGUCAUGCCACUACAGAUGAUUAGUCCUGGCUUUUAUUUUCUUUUACUGCUUACAAUUUUUAAAAAGAAUUUUAUAAGAAUAAACCAACAAAAUACA